GAAACAGGCCUACUGGCCGCAGGUGUUCCCCCUCCCAGGCCCCUGAGCCUGUGCAGGGAUGAGAUAUCGAUUGGUAUGUGAUUGAAGGAGUGGGAUGGGUUUUAUUAUAUACAUUUUUGUCUUUUGUAUGUAAUAUUUUUUUCCUAUAAUGUUUUUCCCCCACCAGUUCAACUACUCCGUACAGUAGGUGGUGGCAAUACAAUUUAUAGUUGUGGACCACAACUUGUGGUCUGCCUGGCUGCCAUAAAACCUCAGAGAAGAAGAAGGGUGAGCUAGCAAAACAUGAAAACAUUUAACACAUUUCCGAAGUUAUUACCACGUGUUUGAGUAAGAUUCGAGAAACAAGUUGAAUCAAUGUAUGAAUAAUGGAGUUGUUAAGUUUACUUGAUUCAAAAACUCUUUAAAAUUACUGUCAGUCGUGUCGUGUAUCUGGCCAGAGCGGCUAGCUAGACAUUUAACGCUAGCUCGCUAGCUAAUCUUAGCUAAGUAGCUGAGUAGCUAACGCGGUGGGUAGCUAGCUAGCUACCUUGCUUACAAAACAAAACAAGGACUGAAUCCUGAGCAUCUUGUUGUAGCUUGGUUAUUAGAACUGUUGGGAAACAUCCCAUCUAGCUACUCACUACCAUGAGUCUGACGAUUGAGGCCAGUGUCUCUUUCCUCAAAUAUGAACUUGCAUCGACCAUCGAACAGGCAGUGAGGUGUGCAGUUGAAACCGUUUUAAAGGAAACUGCCAGAGUAGUCGCCAUCAAACUGGCCGCAGCUCGGACUGCUGCUGCUGAGUCUCAUCGUGAGAACCAAAGUUUGAGAGAGAGACUUGAGGUAUCGGAGGGUGAACUCAGCGCUGUACGGUACUACAUGACAGCAGCCGAGAAGAACAUCAAACAGUGUUUACUUCUAAAUCACAGCCAUCCUAGAUCAGGUGUAUUAGUUCCUGGUUCAGAAGAGUCUCUUUUCCUCCCUCCCCCCACUGCUUCGGGGAGUCCUUCCAACAUGCUGAACAGGGGCACGUCCCGUGUGCCCAAGUCGUUUCGAGCCUCAUCCACACGAUCCCAGUUUUCGACGUCACUACCUAGUGUAGGUCUUUGCUUACCAACAGUGCAGCAUGAAUGGCCCAGGAGCAGCUCAAGCUUGAGAGGAAUACGGACAUCCUCCUCCACUGUCUCUUGCGCCAAUCCUUCACAAACAUCCAAAGCGCCACAACUAGAGGUUGAAAGCUCACCUAAACACACUGAGGAGGAUACAGAGGGUCAAUUCUACAUCACGGACGAUGGAGUUGCAGAGAAAGGUAGGCUUACGCCGUAUACAUAGACAUCAAUACUUGCAUGCACUCAAAAAGUGAAAAGUCUCCUGCUCACUGGUCAUGAUGAUGUCAUUAAUCUCUUUCAGAGUACAAAGUCAGUGCAAGUGGAUCAGAGGACUCUGGAAGAAUUCCACACGAGCAGGAGGGGGAAACAUUGGCAGCAGAGGUCCCUCACAGGACCUCUGAUAUUACCAACUUUGAGUUUGAGAUGGGUCAGAGUCACCCAGCAGGCAAUGUGAAUGACCUGGGCCUGAUUCAGGUGCUGGAUGAGGUGCAAGAAGUCAAAGGAACAGUUAAAAUUGAAAACGACCCUGAGUUAUCUAGUAUGCUGGAGUCCCACCUCCCUGAAUCAUCACAACAACUGCCACAGAUGCCAACUCACAUCGACAACAAUGAUGGUGACAAUGAUGGUAACUGCAUGGGCUUUGUCCCACCCACUGUAGGGGACCCUGGUCUUAUUGGGGCUUUUGAAGUCAGAAGGGAGAGCUCAGAUAAGGUGCAUCGCUGCAACGUGUGUGGCCGGGGCUUCCGUCGCUUCUACUGCCUGAAGACACACCAGCGCAUUCACACGGGUGAGCGGCCGUAUCCCUGCAGGUAUUGCGAGAAGCGUUUCCGUCACCUGGACAGUCUGCAUAAGCACCAGCGCAUCCACACUGGGGAGACGCCCUACCGCUGUGCCCAGUGUGGCUGCUGUUUCAGGGAGCUGGGCCAGCUCAAGAAGCACAGGCUGACCCACUCACCUUCCCCCACCACACCCCACCCGUCACUGUCUUUACUUCAAGCAGGGCCCUCCUACACAUGGCCACACCUCCACUCGCAGUCCUUGGAUUCCUGAUCAGGAUGAAUUUGUACACAUUCAUACACACGUGUUUGAUAAAUGUGAUAUGACAGUAGUAAUGGAGAAAUUAUUUGUGUUAACGUCAUCCUAAUCAGAAGUUAAUAUUAUUCAAUUGACAAUGUACACAGAAGCUGUUUGUGUAUAGAAUCAUAUAUUUCUUCUAUUAUAUCUAUCUUCUCUUUUCUGCUUGUUCACAAUUUUCUUCAUUGGCAUAAAAGGGUGUUCAUUAUGUUGUCAGAUAUGAGGAGGUCUGCAGAUUCCACCUGGAAAGGUUUAUACAACCAUUUGGCAUCAAGGGUUGAGUUCCAUUUACUGCAAAAAUAUAUAUUGUUUGUGUAAAAUGGAAAUACAGACUACUUGAACUGAGUUGGUAGCACAAUGCAGAAAUCAUUGAUGUAUUUUUGUUGGUAUCACAUCAUGUGUCUUCUUUUCAUAUGGAACUGUGUGAAUUAGCCUGUUCAUUUUGAACAGCAAUGCAUUUACUUUGUACAUUUUUGAUUUACAUGAUAAUUUACCAAUAAAAAGUGACAUUUUCACAGUAUUAUUGGAUUAUUUUGUUUAACAUUAUUACAGUAAAAUAUCUUCUGAAAGGGACCCACUACACAAAGUUUAUUCAUAAUCUUAAAUAUAGUUAUUACAAUAUUUUCUACAGAUCACAAGAUGCAGAGAACUAUACACCCCACCUUUGCUGUCUGGCUUUGCGCAUCUGGGACCCUGUACAAUCGUGACAUAGCAAGAUUUUGACAAUUAAACCAAAAAUGAAAGCAAUUAUCUGAAGAUGGUGCUGGACCAUCUGACAUAAGAAAAAGGGGACCGUUUGAUGAUAAAAAAAUAAAGGUUAAAAUCCAAGCAUGUCACAUGAUUGCGCAAAACACAGGGCCCUAAUAAUUAAUGACAUAUAUUUGUGGUAUUUUCACCCUUCCCUUUUUGGCAGUCACAUGAACAGUUUAUACUGUCCGGUGACCUGCACGGAACAAAUAGCUGAGGCGGCAGCAUCAUACCCGCAAGCAGGUCAAUGUCCAUGGGCAUAUGGAGAAUACAUAUGUACAUUUGAAUUACAGCUGUUUAGAUUGAGGCAUUUAUAUUUUAUGCGCUAUUUGAUAAUUUGUAUGUCGCCUAUGCUACCUAUAGCCAGUAGUUUUCAAAUCUACGAAGAUCAACUAUUAACUAACAAAACACGGCUGUGUAUGCUGUUAAAUUACGUUGUGACAACUCUUCCAGAGAUCAUUCAGCUUUAAACUAAUUAGCGGGCAAAAAGGGAGCAGUCACGUAGCCAAAGGCAGACUGGGGUUUGUUUAACAAGCGGAAGUGUGCGCGCUGAUUCCCGCUGACGGCGAAUAGGUGAGUUGCUGUUUUCAUCUGGCUAUAGCUACAAUACGGCAUUAUCGUAAAGCAAACAACAAUGUAAACCAUUUUUUAAUCAUUAGUCAAACUACAAGUUUACGGAAUUGCGAGAUUGAAUUGUAGAAUGACCUCGCUGAGAACCGCGGUGUAUCUCCGCUUCACUUCCCCUUUGUGGAUACAUGAAAUAAAUGUCAACUCGAAACAAUCGCGCAGCUCUGAUGUUGCAUGACUUUGAAGCAUAAUGUUUAUGUAGAAUGUCUGAUGCUUUUCUGGUGGCUCGUAGUCUGAAGAUGUUUUUUAUUAAUUUAUUUAAAACCCUCCUUUCUCACCUUCUAUUUGUAUGUUUGCAAACCAAUUUUUUUGUAAAUAUAAAGCUAUACUGUGUUUUCAGGAAUCUGUCCAAUUGUCAGCAUUGUUACGAACUUUUAAAUGUCUCCAUUUAACAGGGUUACAAAAGGUUCAGGGGACGUCUGAACCAUUUAAAAACAACAGGCUUCUGAUGAAAGCCAUGUCUAAUGAUCACACACCCCUCCUCGCCCAUGGGGUAUGUGGUCUGUCUGCAGACACCGCAGUGUGUGACAUAGGGGGGUCAGAUGGCACUGGGGAGGCCAGCACUCCUAAUGCGGUACCUCGAAAGCUCAACACCUUCUUCGGGGUGAUAGUGCCCACUGUCCUCUCCAUGUUUAGCAUUGUCCUCUUCCUCAGAACUGGUGAGUGCAGCAUCUAGAUGUCAGACAACUACAAAUAUAGGCUGUGAAUGUGGAAUUUAUUUACAGUGCAACAUACAGUGAUGCUUGCUGAUGGUCAGAAGCUGCUGUUGGCUUCAAGCUCUGCUAGAUUAUUUUAAAAAGGUGUGUGUGUGUGUAACUGUGCAUGCAUGUGAAUGCAUAGGCUACUGUAUUGUGGUCCUGUAACAAGACUAAUACUGUGUAAUGAUGUCUCCUAUAGGGUUUGUGGUUGGUCAUGCAGGGCUCUUGCAGGGUCUUGUGAUGCUGCUUGUAGCCUACACCAUUAUUUCCCUCACCAUCUUGUCCAUCUGUGCUAUUUCCACCAAUGGUGCUGUGCAGGGAGGUGGGGCCUAUUGUAUCCUUAACACCGGUUUGUUCUCACACACCCCAAAAAAUAUAUUUAGCAAGUGUGUUUGUAUUUGUCUUAAGUAUGAGUGCAGUUUAAAAUCGCUAUGUUCUUACUAUUCAAACUUGAUGCCACAGUCUAUACAGACAGUUCUAGCCCUUAUAUCCUUAAAGGGACAUUUCACCACUUUUCAACCUCAUUUUCAUAAUCUCCAGCACCACCCCAACAUCAUGUGAAAACAGAGGGUUUCUAUGUUUUGUAGUCAAAAAGAUAACUGUUUCUGAUGACAUCUGGAUACAGUAAAGACAUGGUGGACCCCAGGAAGAGUAGCUGCUGCAUGUUCAACAGCUAAUGGGGAUCCUAAUAAACUAAACUUAACAUCAUCUGAUGUGCAUCCAGGGCCGGAUUACCUUCCUGGGGCCCCCAACAAAAAUUGUAGUUAUGAACAUGUCAUAAGCAAUGGAAAAAUGUGUAUAAUUGCAGGAAAUUAGCUUUAAAACUUCUAAAUGUUCUCUCAGCCUCAUGACAAAAUGUUUAGAAUAGCAUUAUAAAACUGCAAAUUUUUCUCUCUGCCCCAUGGCAAAAUGUGUUGAAAUUCAGGAAGUUAGCUGUUUUCCCAAAAAUAUUUCUUUGGGGGCCCUAGAGGUAGGUGCCCCAGGCCCCGAAAUGCAUAGUCCAGCCCUGUGUGCAUCAUAUGAUUUAACCAACUGAGCAGGUUACUAUGCUGACCUUUACGUGCUCAUAGUUUUAAAACCACAUGAUUCGCACCAGAUCAGUAAUAUUUAACCCCUUGACCUAAUGUCUGCCAGUCAUGAUCAGUCGAUCGUUGGGCCCAGAGUUUGGAGGAAGCAUUGGCCUAAUGUUCUUCCUGGCCAAAGUGUGCGCAUGUGGAGUGUAUGUGCUUGGUCUGGUAGAGGCACUACUUGACAUAUUUGGUCAGGACCCAGGUUAGUUUUGACAUUCUAUAAUUAACAGCCCAAUACUUAUAAUUCCUAGCAUGCAAGCCAUUUUUUUGUGGUAUGCUUUAAACAAAUUAUACUGAAUAUUUCUUAGAAGGUUGGUGCCUCAUGCGUUCAAAUGAGUCAUUCCACCCAGUGUUUCAUCCGCCAUCUUAUCAACUUCUAUGUCCCCCUUCCACCUCAGCGUCCUCCUCUGCGUUGCGGGUGCUACCCCAGGGCUACUGGUACACAGUGCUGUACUCUUCCAUAGUUCUCCUGCUGGUUCUGGUGGUGUGCCUGGUGGGCGCCCAUAUCUUCGCCCGCACCUCCUUCCUCAUCCUGCUGGUGGUGACCAUCUCCCUGCUGUCCAUCUACAUCAGCCCCUUGGCGGUGACCACACCCCUAAACUUCCUCAUCACCCACCAGGGUCAUGGCAACCAGACCCUCACCUACGACGCCAGCUACACAGGCUUCAACAGCACCACGCUGAAGGACAACCUGGGCUGUGAGUACUGCCUGGCUGGGGUCAAAGGUCAGGGGGGGCGGGGCGGUAGUACCUAGGUACAAUGUAUAGGGAACGGGGUGCUAUUUCAGAUUCAUUCUAGGUAUAGUAAGCCUUGAUAGGGAAGUUGAACUGGACAUGUAAAAAGUCGUUAGUUUUAUGGUUUGAGAGAGCUGUUGUAGCAACAGUGUUCUUCCUCUUUUUCCUCUUCAGCGGGCUACACUGUGGACUACAGCACCGGUAAAGUCAUGUCAUUCGCCACUGUGUUCGCUGUCAUGUUCACCAGCUGUACCGGAAUCAUGGCCGGAGCCAACAUGUCAGGUACUGUCCACACACAUCAUAACUAAUGACAGCUGGUGGAUAUUACAACUACAAAUAGUUGUCAUUGACAACUUUCCAUAUGCAUUCUGACUCAAGGUAAUGGAAUCUUAGUUCCAGGGUAAAUCCACGGUAACGCAAUUACGCUGAGACUCCGAUUUUGUUUUACUUUAAAAUGUAUUCUAAACAAAAACCAUUGAUUUCAAAGUUUACAACUCUAUGCACAAUGACUACGUUGAACAAUUUACACAGUUUACUGGCAAAAACAUAAAAAAAAAAAAAAAACUGCAGAUGCAAAGUUUGGUAACAGAAUUACAGUAAAAUCUCCCUCUGUUUUAUUCAGUUACUAAACUUUGUAUCUGCACAAUUGUACAAUUUUCUGUGGAAAUUGUUAAAAGUAGUCAUUGUGCAUAAAAUUAUAUGGUUUGUUAAACUUGGAAAUCAAUGUUUUUUGUUUGGUAUACAUUUUAAAGUGAAAAAUCUGAGUCUUAGCAUAAUUGUGUUACCAUGGAAUUGCCCUCCAUUACUUUACAUCUCAUUAAGCUUCACAUAGACUCAAACUUGACAUGUUCCACUAUCUUCUCCUCAAUCUGUUGUCUGUAGGAGAGCUGAAAAACCCCAGCGCUGCCAUUCCCAAAGGCACCAUUAUUGCAGUCCUCUACACCUUCAUAGUCUAUGUCCUUCUCUUCAUCCUCGCCAGCUCCACCUGUGAAAGGUCUGAAUGGAUGGGCUGUUAAUGAGGCUGGGAGGGGUGGGAACUCUGUCACCUAUCUAAUUAGCUAAUAAUUUAAUGCACAAAUAUUCAUCAUACUGUAACUAUGUAGUUUAAUAAAGUCAACUAAUUCAUGUAUUUUGUUUAGGACCCUGUUGGCUCAGGAUUACGGGUUCUUCCAGCGUAUAAACAUCUGGCCGCCAUUUGUCACCAUCGGGAUCUAUUGUUCCGCCCUUUCAGCAGCCAUGUGCUCUCUGAUUGGGGCAUCCCGGAUCCUCCACGCCCUCGCACUGGACCAACUGUUUGGUAAGGAUGUUGUUGAACAAGUUUCACAAUUAGACUGGCUAUUGUCUGUAACAGAGUAAAGGACAUGUUUUUGUUUAAUAUAAAAUAAGGAGCAUGCUUUAAUGUUGAUGUUUUGUUACCCAUAGGUUUUCCAUUGGCUCCCGCUGCUAUCACGUCCAGCUCAGGCAACCCAUGGGUGGCAGUGCUCUACACCUGGGGGUUGGCACAGGUGAGGAGAAGAGAUGGGUGUAUCGUAUUGAGCUAUGCAGUACUACUUUUGAUAUUCAAACAGGCUCUGAGACCGUGUCUUUGGUGUGACUGUGUAGUGUGUGGUGUUUGCAGGCCAGCUUAAUGCCAUAGCUGGCCUGGUGACAGUGUUCUACCUGCUGGCCUAUGCUGCUGUCGACCUGGCCUGUCUAGCUCUAGAGUGGGCAUCGGCCCCCAACUUCAGGUAGUCUGACACUAGCAUCAUGCUGUAUAAUCUGUUCAAAAAAAGAAGACAUUGACCUUAUUGUGUGAUGAUGUUGUUGUCCUUAGGGAAGUAGUGUUUAUCUAGAAUACUUUUGACCAUCAACGUCCAGUCCAGUUUUCACCUGUCUUUCACCUUUCACCUGUUUUACUAGUCUCCCUGUCUUCACCAGGCCCACUUUCCAGGUGUUCUCCUGGCACACAUGUCUGCUGGGCAUCCUGAGCUGUCUGGUGAUGAUGUUCGUCAUUAACCCAGUCUACUCCUCAGCCAGCAUCGUCCUCCUCUUGCUACUGUUGCUUUUCCUGCACUACAGAUCACCCACCAGCAGCUGGGGAUACAUCAGCCAGGCUCUCAUCUUCCAUCAGGUACCCACACCACACACAGACUUGUACCAGUACAUACAAACACACACUUAUGGGCCAGUUCCUGGGUCGUGUUCAGUAGAGAGAACUUUUUGCAACGGGGAAGAACUACCUGAAGUUGUCCAAUUUAGAAAACAUAUUUUCAUUUUCUGAUGCAAAAUGUUUUUCUCCUACUAAACAGGACCCUGGGGUGUGUCACUGCUGUCAGUCUUGGUGCUUUGAAUCUGCUUUCCACCCAUUCCCCCUCUCCUGUAGGUGCGUAAGUAUCUGCUGAUGCUGGACGUGAGGAAGGACCAUGUGAAGUUCUGGAGGCCCCAGGUGUUGUUGAUGGUGGCCAACCCUCGCUCCUCCUGCCAGCUCAUCAACUUUGUCAACCAGCUGAAGAAGGGUGGGCUGUUUGUGCUGGGACACGUGAAGCUGGGAGAUCUGGGUAAUAUUAUAGGGAUGGUGACAGGAGUUCUGGUGCCAGCGGAAUCGUGAUUAUGACUUACAAUAAAUGCUUGUCAUGUUUAUGACCACAUGAAACCUUCCACUAUUUGAUUACAAAAGUAGUCGUCUACAGUAAGUGUGAUAUUCGUAGAAAUAUGACGACAUUUAUAUUCAUAGAAAAUGUAAGGGAAAAUAGUUAGGCUCUUCUUUCGUUCGGGAAUCCAGGCAGUCCAGUCACUCAGCCUGGCCUGCUGGCUCCCCUUCCUCUGCGGAAGCAUAGUUCCCGCUCAGCCCAGUCAAAACUGUUCGCUGCUCUGGCACCCCAAUGGUGGAACAAGCUCCCUCACGACGCCAGGACAGCGGAGUCACUCACCACCUUCCGGAGACAUUUGAAACCCCACCUCUUUAAGGAAUACCUGGGAUAGGAUAAAGUAAUCCUUCUACCCCCCCCCCCCCCCCCCCCCCCCCCCCCACCAAAACAUUUGUAAAGUGGUUAUCCCACUGGCUAUAGGGUGAAUGCACCAAUUUGUGAGUCGCUCUGGAUAAGAGCGUCUGCUAAAUGACGUAAAUGUGCCCUUGAGCAAGGCACUUAACCCUAAUUGCUCCUGUAAGUCGCUCUGGAUAAGAGCGUCUGCUAAAUGACUAAAAUGAAAAUGAAUGAAAUGACUCAGCCAGCCUCUCAUCUGUGUUUCAGACACCCUGCCCUCAGACCCUGUCCAGCAGCAGUAUAACUUCUGGUUGAGUCUGGUGGAUAAGCUAGGGGUGAAGGCCUUUGUGGACCUGACUCUGUCCCCCUCUGUGAGGCAGGGAACACAGCAUCUUCUGCGUAUCACCGGCCUGGGUGAGUCACAUAUAUCCUCCUGUUUCCCAUUCUGGGUCAUUGUUUAUUGUUUUCCUGUUUAUUCCUCCUCAUGCACAACGGUGUCAGAAAGAGUAUUGACACGACAUAUUCAUUAUAAUAUUACUACUUUAGAAAAUGGAACAUAAAACAGUUUUACCCGUCAAGCAAUGUACUUUUUAGUGUAUUUUGAUUAUCCUCCUCCACUCUUCAUUAUCUCUUCAAGGCGGCAUGAAGCCCAAUACUCUGGUCUUGGGGUUCUACGACAGUUGCACCCCUGAGGACUACUUCCUCCAAGACCCUGCCUUCUGUGAGUCAAAAGGGUCCGGAGGGGAUGAUUUUGGGGUGGAUCUGCCCUCUAUGCAAGCCCACUUCCCCCCGGUCCGCCAUGUGGAGAGCCCACGCUGGCUCACACCAGAGGAGUACGUGGGAAUCAUCUCAGAUGCCAUCAAGAUGAGUAAGAACGUGUGUCUGGGCCGCUACUUCUCCCAGCUGCAGGGAGAAGGCAUGGGGACCAAGACGGACGGGGCUGAGAGGAUCAUCGACGUCUGGCCCUUCAACCUGCUGCAGCCAAGCAGCACGUCCACAGCCUCCGUGGACGUGUGCAGUCUCUUCCUGCUGCAGAUGGCGUGUGUUCUCAACAUGGCCAACAGAUGGCGCCAUGCCAGAAUGAGAAUAUUCCUAUGUGUGAAGGCGGAGUCCAGCGACCAGGGCUGGGUGGUUAAAGAGGAGACCUACCGGGAGCUGUUGCGGAAGCUGAGGAUCAAGGCCUCCAUCAAGAUAGUGCCCUGGGACUCUGUGGUGCAGCUCUACGGACAGGAACAGACACAGGACCCAGAGCUGGAGGGCCUGACGAAGCCGGCCCAGGCCCUUUCAGAGGACUUCCUGUCUGCAGUCAACAGCAUGCUGAUGGAGCACAGUGCUGAGGCUGCUGUCCGCUUCCUAUAUUUACCACGCCCCCCUGCUCACUCCAGCCAAUCACCAAAAUACCUCAGUCAGCUGGAAGCUGUGACUUACGGUUUAGGUCCAACCCUCUUAAUUCAUGGUCUCACCCCAGUCACAUGCACUGAGCUUUGAGUGUAUCACUCUGUGUGUUUAUGGGAUCAACAUGUCAUGUAACUAACUUAAUCCUGAACAUGAUAGAAAGGGCAGUCUGUUAAACGCUUAAAAUAUGAGCUACAUAACAUACUUUUUAGUUAGAAAAUAAACACACAUGCACACAACACAACAGGACCUAUAAGUAUAGCUCUGUUCCUUGGGAACAUAGUUUCACAUCUUGUAUUGUAACUCAUUUACACAUCUACUAAUUUCACAAAUUAACACAUUCAACACCUAGUGAGUCACAGUGGUACCUAUCUACCUUCUGUAUUUGUUAAAACUGUAAUUUAAUGGAGUACUUGUCUCAUGCCUUUGUGUUGGUUGGAUAAUGAUAUAAAUACAUUUAUGUUGUGCCUGAUAUAGCUGUGUACCCAGAUGUAGUUUUCAUAAAAACCUCCACCCACACAAUGGAAUUGACCGUGUGGCCUGAGAGUGACUCUGAUUCAGUGUGAGUGAAUGUUACAUGUAAGUAGAUCAAAUGGUCUGUUCUGCGGCAUCGGACCAAAGAAGAAUCAUAUGAUAGGUUGAAUGGUGAUGGAGGGAGAAUGGAUUCUCAAAUACAGAAAGGGCAACAUAUGCUAACUAGCUAUGGAAACUAGAAUUUUGUGUUAUUUUAUUUGAUGUUAUUGAUGCUGGUACAAUCGCUUUCCAUUGACCCCUUUUCCCAGUGUAUUCCUCUUCAGAUUGUGACCCAGUUUGGGAGAGCUCACCAGUGCCUUUGGACCAAAUGAUCUCUUAGGAUUUUGGGUCA